UCCUCCAACGAUUGCGGACCUAUCGGUGCGUCGAACUUCAGAUGAUACUGGCAACAUUGCUGUACUAUUCUCCUGCCAGGUAGAUGCUAGACCAAAAGCAUAUUCCAUCUACUGGUUCUUCAAUGGAUCAAGAUUGGAGAAUGCUUCCGAUGUCACGAUCAAUCAGUUUGACCGACCAGGAAGUGAAACACUUAGAACAAGCACGCUGAUGAUAACGAAUCCAAAAAGGGAAGGAGAGUACGUAUGUGAGGCUACGACACCGGUUGGCAACGACAGUGACGCCAUCAUCUUUAACUUGUCCAUCCCAGAUCCACCUUCUCGGCUCAUCGUCCACCAAAACCAGACGACAUCUUCAACUCUCUUCGUUGCCUGGCAACCAGGGUUCAAUGGUGGGUUUAAUCAGACGUUCAAUCUGGAAUACUGUUCAAACGACACAGCAGCGAUGGAGGAAGAAUGUGGUGUUAUCACCAACCUGACACAACAAUUCUUUACCCUGGAUGGACUGAAAGCGUUCACAUGGUACCGAUUAACACUAUGGGCAGAGAACAGCGCAGGGAAUAGUAGCACUGUGACUGCAAUGGCUUCAACAGCUCGUAUGUUCAAUUCAAUUCAAAUUUAUUUCCACUACUCCUUGUAUAAAUUGGCGAAAAAGCACUACUGUACAAGUAUUACUAUUUUUUUCAUUCAUCUUCAUUUUACAGGCGUAAGCAUUACUCGAGUCGGGGUGGGACAAGUACUUCAUAUACAGAAAGCAAAUCAGUCGUUGGGUGAAGUUUGUUUUGUUUUGAAGUCCUCCAAUGAGAGCUGUGCUCUCCUGGAUAAAUCAAAGUGCAUUUACCCCACGAAAGGCAUUAAAGAGGUCAGCGUUGACGCGGUUGAUGAUGUUGUUGUGACCUACGGAAGAGGGUUAUGCAGUGAACCAGCUAAUAUAACAGAUCAACCUGGUCCGACAGUUCCAUCAAGUGAUCAAGGAACUCCAUACAUGAUAAUUGCUAUUGGUGUGAUUGCUUCAAUCAGCGUCAUCAUAGUAAUCUCACUUGGUCUCAUGUACUUUAAUGGAUUGAUGUGCUGUACCAAACGAAAGAAAGAUAACGGCGAUCAACCAGAAGGCCGAACGGUGGAUGAGGAUGGCUUGGUAUACAUCUCAGUGGCGCACGACCGCACCCAUCCCCCUAAUGCCCCACCCAUACAGACAGAGGAACCAACCAUCUACGCCUCCCUCAACAAAGACGCCACGAAACAUCGCAAGGGAGAGAUGGAAUACUCGGACACAAAUGCAACAACACCCGACGGCCAACCCAUGUACGGGAAUUACUUAGUCAAACAGAGGAAACAGGAACAGGCCAGAAUGCCACCACCGGUACAGGCGGAUGAUGCGUCCUAUAGAGCCGACGGAAGCAGAAGAUCAGAAGGAGCUAUCGGACCGACCAUGCCAGACGGCCAACCAAUGUACGGUAACUACUUGGUAAAAAUGAGAAAAGAACAGGAAAGGGCUGAGCAGGAAAGGGCAGAGCAGAUGGCUGGCACCUAUAAUUUCUUCGAAAUGUACAGUAUCUAGCUCUCAAUA